CAGCAAGUUUUAGUUCGUUUUAGCAGCAUCUGUGUUUGCAGCCUACAAAACGUUCACCACAGAAACAUUUGGAAAGAUUUUCGAAGUAAUCGUAUAAAAACUCCAACAUGUUUCCAGGAAAAAAACAACCAAUUCAAAAAGAUUACGCCGCCUCUCCUUCCUGGCGUGGCCGGCCAAUUUCCCCAAAUGGCGUCUCAUCCUUCCAAAGGGAAUUAGAGGAGAGUAGGAAGGAAAACUACCUUCUCCAGAAAAAAAUGCAACAAAUUGAAGAAGCGAAACUUCAACUGGAGGACAAGUGUAGACGAAUGGAAGCCCAAAAUAAAGAGCUGGAAGACAGACAACAGCGCCAACCGGACAUAAAAAUUAUUAAUGAGGGCUGGGGAAUCAAGUUUGCUCAGACCCGAGAGCAGAUUGUGCACCUCAUUAAAAAAAACAAGCAAAAGAGUGCAGAACUAAAAGAAAUGACCAACCAGCUCCAAGACAAGAAAACGAUGACUGAUAAGAUAGAAUGGGAGCUCCAAUACAUGAACCGAAGGAAUCAGCACCUCCAAAGACAGCUCCAUGAAGCUGCGGAAGAAAAGAAAGAAUUCCUCCAACAGAAGGAAGAGCAUGACAAAAAGCAAAGAGACAUGCAGCACGAACUGAAGAGCAUGCAGGAAAAAUACCAAAUGCUGAAAGAAAGCCUGGAUGAAACACUGCACCAAAAUAAAGACCUCCUUCAACAGAAAGAGCAACAACAAGAAAGACUGAAAGAAGGAAAACGUAUCGUCCAGGACUUUGAGUCUAAAAAUCUAAAACUGCAAGAGUUUUGUAAUCAGCUGGAGGACAAAGCAACUAAAGUGGAAGAAGAAAAGGACAAACUGGAGAAACGGUGCUCGCAGAUGCAGAAAAGGAUCGAGCAAAAUGCAAGAAACAACUCAGAGCUCGUUAAGGGGAUUUUGGUGGAAUUCAAUAACUUGAAGCGUGAAAACACUCAAAUGCAGGCACAAAAACAACAACAAGACAAAAUACAUGAAGACCUGCAGCUCACGCUCCAAGAAAUCCAGAAAAAAAAUGAGCAGUUAGAAGACAAGCACAAAGACAUACAACAGAGAAAUGCAGACAUGCACAAGGACAAGCUGAUACAGGAGGCAACAUCCAAACAACUCAAAGACAAGCUU